UGUUUGGAUUUCUACUGUUUCCGUACCAGUUUGGGAGCAUGAAAGAGCCAAGCCCAGUUAAAUUUCUAACUUUUUAUCAUGGACUAUUUUCUGCAUUUCCAUUUUUUUAUAUGCGCUUUCAAUGUUUCGAUGUCUAAUUUGUUAUUGGGAAAAGGGAAAAAAACCCAACAAUACUUGUACGGUUUUGUGAUUAUUUUGUUCCAAAAUAUUGCCAAGCCCUAUUAAAUUUCUACGAUUCUCAGAAUAAAUAUGUUGCUUAAAAAGAUAACAUUUCUCUCAGCUCCAUCCAGCUCCACGUCAUCAGCUGAAAAAUGAGAAAAUCAUUCUGAUGAUGGAAUACUAAAAGUGUGGCAAUGCUGCAACGGACACAGCCGUUACUACCCCAGUAAAUGCGGGCCAUAAAACGCGUUGAUAGCAACCGUUUCUGCUGCUCACGCCCUUUGUGCUGCUCCUUUGUUUCAGUUGCUCCUCCCCGUCCUCCUCCCUAUAAAUUUCUCCAGACCAAAACCAUCUCGUCAGCAAAUCAUCUGCGAAAAAAAAGUCCCCUUGUUCUACUUUGCUGUGGCACCAAAAUUGCACGCGAAAAGUAGGUUUCUUGCAUUCUCUGAUCCAGAAAAAAACACAGAAAUGGCGUCGUCCAACGUCAACGUCACAAUGCUCGCCUUCUGUGUUGUCUUCGCGCUAUCGGUGCUUCACACUGACGCAGUAGCAGAAGCAGUGGCACAACCGUUACGGCACAGUCACAGAAAGGCGACAAAGACCUGGUGCGUCGCCAAGCCGUCGGCGGAGGCCACCGCGCUGCAGGGCAACCUGGAGUUCGCCUGCUCCGAGAGCGACUGCGGCGCCAUCCAGGGCACCGGCGGCUGCACCCGUCCGGACAGCCUGCUGUCACGGGCGUCGGUGGCGAUGAACGCCUACUACCAGGCCAGGGGGAGGAACUCCUGGAACUGCUUCUUCAACGGCACCGGCCUCAUCACCAUCACCGACCCCAGUAAGCAAGCAGAGAGUGGAGUACCUUGCUGUGAGUAAAAACUGUUCGCGGUUGACAUGGCUGAUGUUCUUGCAGGUCUUGGCGCCUGCAAAUAUGCUUGAGAUGGGAGGACUGCGGCGCAGCUGAGCACCGGAUCUGAUCAAAUAAGAAUUUAGGGUGUAUGAUGAAUGGUCGCUUUUAGUUUGUUCAUGUGCUACACCAUCAGAUAUGAUAGAAUUUCACUCAAUAUGAGCUUUUAUGUCCAAGUAAUCUCUAAAG